UCUCGCCAGAGCGCGAGGCGCCCGCCGGUAACGGUCGCCCGAGUGAGGGGCGGGAAGGAGAGGAAAGGGCUUUUAAAUGAUGUUUUGAAACAGUGAGAGCUGGACUUGUCGGCGACCAGGUGUCGCCGCUUCUUCCUCCGAAGGCUCGGCGUCCGGGUCCCUCCUCUCCACGCCCCCUCCCUUCCCGGCCCUCUCCUCUGGAGCCGAGCGACGCUUCCGAGGUGACCGCGGAGGACCGGGCGGCCGCUGCAGCCCGGAGGGGGCACAAAGCCGGCUGCGCUGCGAGAGAACAAGACUUGAAACAUGAGUUCAGACACCAGCCAAGCUGUGAUCACCACUCCUCCCCCUCCCAGCGUGCCUCACAAAGAGAGAUAUUUUGAUCGAAUCAAUGAAAGUGACCCAGAAUACCUUCGAGAGAGGAACAUGUCUCCUGAUCUGCGACAAGACUUCAAUAUGAUGGAGCAGAGGAAGCGAGUUACUCAGAUCCUGCAGAGUCCUGCCUUUCGGGAAGACCUAGAAUGCCUCAUUCAAGAACAGAUGAAGAAAGGCCACAACCCAACUGGAUUACUAGCCUUACAACAGAUUGCAGAUUACAUCAUGACCAACUCCUUCUCAGGCUUUUCUUCACCUCCCCUGAGUCUUGGCAUGGUCACACCUAUUAAUGACCUUCCUGGUGCAGAUACGUCCUCAUAUGUGAAAGGAGAGAAGCUCACUCGCUGCAAACUUGCCAGCCUGUACAGACUUGCAGACUUGUUUGGGUGGGCACACCUGGCAAAUACGUACAUCUCAGUACGAAUAAGUAAGGAGCAAGACCACAUUAUAAUAAUUCCCAGAGGCCUCUCUUUUUCUGAAGCUACAGCCUCCACUUUGGUAAAAGUCAAUAUAAUAGGAGAAGUGGUUGACCAGGGAAGUACUAAUUUGAAAAUUGACCACACAGGAUUCAGUCCCCAUGCUGCAAUCUAUUCAACACGCCCUGACGUGAAGUGUGUGAUACAUGUUCACACCCUUGCUACAGCAGCUGUAUCCUCCAUGAAGUGUGGGAUCCUUCCAAUUUCCCAAGAGUCUCUCAUCCUGGGAGAUGUAGCCUAUUAUGACUACCAGGGGUCACUUGAUGAAAAGGAGGAAAGAACUGAACUUCAGAAAGUUCUGGGUCCAAGCUGUAAGGUGCUCGUACUCAGGAACCAUGGUGUGGUAGCUCUUGGAGAAACACUUGAGGAGGCAUUCCACUAUAUUUUUAAUGUGCAGAUGGCCUGUGAGAUUCAGGUGCGGGCAAUAGCAGGGGCAGGAGGAGUAGACAAUCUGCUCUUACUGGAUCUUCAGAAAUAUAAAGCUUUCACCUAUGGUGUCGCCACAUCUGGAGGAGGUGGUGUAAAUAUGGGUUCCCAUCACAAAUGGAAGGUUGGAGAGAUUGAAUUUGAAGGGCUGAUGAGGACCCUGGACAACUUGGGCUACAGAACAGGCUAUGCAUAUAGGCAUCCUCUCGUUCGAGAGAAACCUAGGCACAAGAGUGACGUGGAAAUCCCAGCAACUGUGACUGCUUUCUCCUUUGAAGAUGAUACUGCGCCACUCUCUCCUCUCAAGUACAUGGCACAGAGACAGCAGCGUGAAAAAACAAGAUGGCUGAACUCACCAAACACUUACAUGAAAGUGAAUGUGGCAGAGGAGUCUCGCAAUGGGGAGACUAGUCCCCGGACCAAGAUCACAUGGAUGAAAGCAGAAGACUCCUCUAAAGUUAGCAGUGGAACACCUAUCAAAAUAGAAGAUCCCAACCAGUUUGUUCCUUUGAACACAAACCCGACCGAGGUGCUAGAAAAGAGAAAUAAGAUUCGGGAACAGAACCGAUACGACCUGAAAACGGCAGGGCCACAAUCUCAACUGCUCGCAGGGAUCGUUGUGGACAAACCUCCUCCUACCAUGCAAUUUGAAGAUGAUGAUCAAGGCCCACCAGCUCCUCCGAAUCCGUUCAGUCAUCUCACAGAAGGAGAGCUGGAGGAAUAUACGAAGACAAUCGAAAGAAAGCAGCAAGGCCUGGACGACGCCGAGCAGGAGUCACUCUCAGAUGACGCUGCAUCUGUUUCACAAAUUCAGUCUCAAACUCAGUCACCGCAAAAUGUCCAUGAAAAAUUAGAAGAAAACCACGAGCUGUUUUCCAAGAGCUUCACCUCCAUGGAUGUGCCUGUCAUGAUUGUGAACGGCAAGGAUGACUUGCAUGAUGUUGAGGAUGAGCUUGCUCAGCGAGUCAGUAGGUUAACAACAAGCACGACCAUAGAGAACAUCGAGAUCACCAUUAAGUCCCCAGAACGAACUGAAGAGGUCCUGUCACCUGAUGGCUCACCUUCAAAGUCACCAUCCAAGAAGAAGAAAAAAUUUCGCACACCUUCUUUUCUCAAAAAGAACAAAAAAAAGGAGAAAGUUGAGGCCUAAGUAAUUUGUAUAUUACAUUGUGACGUUGCACAAUUAAAUACCAUAUUUCAGUUGAUUGUUAAUAUACUGUGGUAGAUCAGAUUGAGGGUUUAUAGCAAACUGGAUUUUAAAAACUGGAAAGAGGUUUUACUAAAAGAAAAGCAUUAUGGAAAACUUUCAAAUGCAUCUCUUUUUAUAUGUCCAAACAUGACUUUGAACAGUUGCUAGUUCUCCUUAGCUGUACCCUCAUGGGGUGUUACUAUUGAUCACCAACAGGUGCCCGCCUGUUAUUUCAGGCUUUCUCCAUCAUAUCUGUUGGAGAGGAGUUGCCGAUGACAAGUGAGAGGCUUCACUUCUCAGCGGCAGCUUCCCUGGCUGCCAGACUAUAAUUCAUCAUGGUUACUGACUGUAUCCUUUGAGUUCCCAUUGUUUCAGUGGGCAUUAAUAGAAUGCUUUAAAAGCGUCUAUAGGAAUAUAUAACAUUAGUAUACAUUGGCACAUCAUUUUUGAAAAUGUUUUAAGAAAAGAUUUGUUUGGAAUUUUACUCACAGUAUGAAAUUAUCUCACCUGAAGUACUGUUUGCCAAAAAAAAAAAAAAAGUCAUUUUAAUAAACUAUAAUUUUUGAAGAACUUCCUUUUUUAUUAGUUUAGAAAGCCCCUUAUUUUUCAUAUAGGGGAUUUUGUAUACAUAACAUGAGUUAUUUAGUUUAACUCUGGCAAAAACAAUUUUUGUAUGUUGAAACAUUUAUAUACCUUCAGUAUAAGGUGUCGUGUACAUUUUAGCCAACCAAUUAACAGUAGAGCAUGCCUGAGGCUUCUUGGUACUGAGUAUAGUUCAAGGGUCCAGGGAUGAGGUAUCCAAAGGGCAUAUAAAGGUCUAGAGUCAUAUUUGAGCCAUAUAAUGUAUUUUUCUCUUAGUAUUGCUGAUGGGUGAAGAGGCUAAAGG